AUGUUACUUUCAGCGGCUUCUUCGCGGAAGGAGCAACGUUCUUCUCCACCAGACUAUUCGGCUCAAGAUCCGCUUCCUCGUCGUCGGCAACAUCCGAUAGAAAAUAUACAGUUUAUUAUGAAGAAAAAAGAAUGCCCAAAAAUUGAAGCAAUUUAUGAGUGA